CUUGGGGCUGCUUUCAGGGUCCGACCCGCGCUGGAGCUGCGGACACCCGUCGCCGACGCUGCCGCCGCCGUUUUGACCCGGGCCGCCACCGCCGCUGCGUGUCGCCACCAUGAACCAAGAUCUUCGCAGGGAGCGGGCAGCCGCCAGCUUCAACCCGGAGCUGCUCACUCACGUCCUGGACGGCAGCCCCGAGAACACCCGGCGCCGCCGAGAGAUCGAGAACCUGAUCCUGAAUGACCCAGACUUCCAGCACGAGGACUUGAAUUUCCUCACUCGCAGCCAGCGUUACGAGGUGGCUGUUAGGAAGAGUGCCAACAUGGUGAAGAAGAUGAGGGAGUUUGGCAUCGCGGACCCAGAGGAAAUCAUGUGGUUUAAAAAUUUUGUGCACCGAGGGCGGCCUGAGCCUCUGGAUCUCCACUUGGGCAUGUUCUUGCCUACUUUACUUCACCAGGCAACCGCGGAGCAGCAGGAACGCUUCUUCAUGCCCGCCUGGAACUUGGAGAUCAUUGGCACUUACGCCCAGACAGAGAUGGGCCAUGGAACUCAUCUCCGAGGCUUGGAAACCACAGCCACUUACGAUCCUGAAACUCAGGAGUUCAUUCUCAACAGCCCUACUGUGACCUCCAUCAAGUGGUGGCCUGGCGGACUUGGGAAGACUUCAAAUCAUGCAAUAGUUCUUGCCCAACUCAUCACUAAGGGGAAAUGCUACGGAUUACAUGCCUUCAUCGUACCUAUUCGUGAAAUUGGGACCCAUAAGCCUUUGCCAGGUAUUACCGUGGGAGAUAUCGGCCCCAAAUUUGGCUAUGAUGAGAUGGAUAAUGGCUACCUGAAGAUGGACAAUUAUCGUAUUCCCAGAGAAAACAUGCUGAUGAAGUAUGCCCAGGUGAAGCCUGAUGGCACGUACGUGAAACCUGUGAGUAACAAGCUGACCUACGGGACCAUGGUGUUUGUCAGGUCCUUCCUUGUAGGAGAAGCCGCUCGGUCUCUGUCUAAGGCUUGCACCAUUGCCAUCCGGUACAGCGCUGUGAGGCACCAGUCCGAAAUCAAGCCAGGUGAACCAGAACCACAGAUUUUGGAUUUUCAGACCCAGCAGUAUAAACUCUUCCCACUCCUGGCCACUGCCUAUGCCUUCCAGUUUGUAGGUGCGUACAUGAAGGAGACCUACCAUCGAAUUAAUGAGGACAUUGGCCAAGGGGAUCUGAGUGAACUGCCUGAGCUCCACGCCCUCACUGCCGGCCUGAAGGCUUUCACUUCCUGGACAACUAAUGCUGCUAUCGAAGCCUGUCGGAUGGCAUGUGGCGGACAUGGCUACUCUCACUGCAGUGGCCUUCCAAAUAUCUAUGUCACUUUUACCCCCACCUGCACCUUUGAGGGAGAGAACACUGUCAUGAUGCUGCAGACGGCUAGGUUCCUGAUGAAAAGUUACGACCAAGUGCACGCAGGGAAGUUGGUGUGCGGCAUGGUGUCCUACUUGAAUGGCCUGCCCACUCAGCGCAUCCAGCCGCAGCAGGUAGCAGUGUGGCCAGCUGUGGUGGACAUCGACAGCCCCGACAGCCUAACGGAAGCAUACAAACUUCGUGCGGCCAGAUUGGUGGAAGUUGCUGCAAAAAACCUUCAAAAUGAAGUGAUUCACAGAAAAAGCAAGGAGGUAGCAUGGAACCUAACUUCCGUUGACCUUGUUCGAGCAAGCGAGGCACAUUGCCACUAUGUGGUAGUUAAGCUCUUUUCAGAAAAACUCCUCAAAAUUGAAGAUAAAUCUGUCCACGCUGUCUUAAGGAAUUUGUGUCUCUUGUAUUGUCUGUAUGGAAUCAGUCAGAAGGCAGGGGAUUUUCUUCAGGGAGGUAUCAUGACAGAGUCUCAGAUUACCCAAGUAAAUCAGCGCAUAAAGGAGUUGCUGAUUGCAAUUCGCCCAGAUGCUGUUGCUUUGGUGGAUGCGUUUGAUUUUCAAGAUGUGACACUCGGCUCUGUGCUUGGCCGUUAUGAUGGGAAUGUGUAUGAGAAUUUGUUUGAGUGGGCCAAGAAAUCCCCACUGAACAAAUCAGAGGUCCAUGCGUCUUACUUCAAGUACCUGAAACCACUGCAGUCCAAGCUCUGAAGGGUCGUGGGGACAAGUGCAAUUCGCUCCAGAAAGAGCUGGACUCGACACCCCUUACACUUGUCACACAAAGCUGCUUGGGAUCUUGACCAAACUCAGAGAGCUAUAGAGCAAAUGAUAAAUUGAGCCCUUUCCUCUUUUUAUAAAUGAAGAAAAAAAUGAACAGAUUUCAGAGAUUAAAUGGAAAAAACGGAUGUGUUUUAAGUGCCAUUAACACUGCACGAGGCCUGUUGGGCAUCAAAAGAGCUUUAAGAGAUGCAGCAUGACUUCGAUCUGUGGUGCUGCUGAGCCCAGUAGGCCGUGACCUCGGAUAAUUCGUAGAAUGUAACUACUAAGUAGUUAGUUAUUUUCACCUCUUAAUUGCUAAUCACUGGAUCUGUAAGUGUUUUUAAGCAAAGGUAUUUUUUAAGUGGGGUCAGGCCCUUCCCACCUUUUCUGCUAAAUGUUCUUCCGCUCCUGCCAUGGGCCCUGGCCAAGAAACAGGACUGAAGAGAAGGGAUUCGGGGAAAGAAACAAAUCAGGAAACUUAGCGUGAGUGAAAUGUGUGCCUGACAUAUGGACAUGACUUCUGCCCGCUUGCCCCUCUUUGCCGACCUGUUGUUACCACCUAACUAGUCGCGGUAGCAUCUUCCCAGCACAAGGGGAACGCCAGCGCAGGGCUAGCAUAGGAUCACUGUCCCGUGUCGUUAGGAAUUAAUCUUCCAUUCGAGGGAUCCCUAAAUCAUCGGUGUGGUAGCACAGCAGCUCACUUUGUCCCAAAACUUCUUGGGAAGGGGCAAAAUGCAAAAUCAUCUGUGCAUUUGACACCUGGCAACUGAUGGCACCUCCAUCAGUGGUGAUUCAUCUCCCUCCCCCUCGCCCUGUCCUGGAAGAGAUGCUAAGAAACAAGAAGGGGUCACAGUUCCUUUGUAGUAGAAUGCAUACAGGGAGAGCUCUCUUAGUUGCAGUUACUGUGACUGUGGUGUCCCUACCAACUGGUUUUUCUGGAACAAUCCAGAUUUUCUGUUUUGCCAUUUGUCAUAAGCCGUUACAGUGCUUGGAGCUCACAGUGUCUGGCCGUACAAAGAUAGAAGCAUCACUCAGGCCACCUCUUCUGCCCAGGAGUACCACAGAAAACUCCUUUGACAAACCAUGUCUUCUGGUUUUUGGAUAUAAGUCACUGAAUCAAUAUAAUCAUCGAAACUAUGGCUAAAGGAUAAAUGCAAGUUCCAUAGAAUCGCUUUCCUAUUGUACAUUGGCUUUAUUUUCAGUCUUUUUCUAGGAGCUUGAUCUGAAUUGUGACAUUGUCCUUUGAGCUGAAAUCUAAUUUACAAAAUCAUUCUACAUUUAAAGGUUAAAGAUGUACUUCCUAAUGAAGGUUUUUCGUAAAAUCGAUGUAAAACAGCAUCACUUGAUUUUUUUUUUUUUUUUAAGAUUUUAUUUAUUUAUUUGACAGAGAGAGAGACCGUGAGAGG